AUGGUCACUUUCUUUCUCACACUCAUCUCUUCCAUUUUCCUUAUCAUUAUCAUCACAUUGAAGCUCUUCUUCCACACAACAACAUCAAGGUUCAAGAACCUUCCCCCGGGCCCACCAUUUCUUCCCAUUCUCGGAAACCUUCAUCAACUCAAAAAACCACUCCAUCUCACUUUCCAAACCUUAUCCCAAAAACACGGCCAAAUCUUCUCUCUAUGGUUCGGUUCUCGUCUCGUCGUCGUUGUUUCAUCACUAAAAGCAGCACAAGAAUGUUUUACCAAACACGACAUCGUUUUAGCGAACCGUCCUCAUUUCUUAACCGGCAAAUAUAUCGGCUACAACAACACCACGGUAGCACAGUCACCUUACGGCGACCAUUGGCGCAAUCUCCGCCGUAUAAUAACAACCGAGGUACUCUCGUCUCACCGUUUGAAUUCCUUCUUGGAAAUACGAAGAGACGAGAUCAUGAGACUAAUACAAAAGCUAGCACAAGUUUGUUACAAUGGUUUCUCAGAAGUGGAACUUAAGCCAAUGUUUUCCGAAAUGAAUUUCAACACCAUCAUGAGAAUGGUGUCCGGUAAAAGAUACUAUGGUGAUGAUUGCGAUGUGAGUGAUGUUGAAGAAGCUAGAUUGUUCAGAGAGAUGAUCAAAGAGAUUGUGAUGUUAGCAGGAGCAAACAACGUUGGUGACUUUCUAGGGUUUUUACGGUGGUUUGAUUUUGAUGGUUUGGAGAAGAGGCUUAAGAGGAUAAGCAAAAGAACAGAUUCAUUUUUACAAGGACUCAUUGAUGAACAUAGAUUUGGAAAAAGGAACGCGAAUACCAUGAUUGAUCAUCUCUUGAAACAGCAAGAAUCACAACCUGAAUACUACACUGAUGAAAUCAUCAAAGGACUUAUUGUAGUAAUGUUACUGGCAGGAACCGACACAUCAUCUGUAACCUUAGAAUGGGCUAUGUCAAAUUUAUUAAAUAAUCCAAAAAUAUUGAAGAAGGCGAGAGAUGAAUUAGACAGUCACAUGGAACAAGAUCAGUUGGUAGAUGAACAUGAUAUUUCGAAACUUCCUUAUCUUCAAAGCAUUGUGUAUGAGACUCUUCGAUUACAUCCAGCUGCUCCAUUAUUAGUGCCUCAUUUGUCUUCAGAAGAUUUUACAAUUGAAGAGUAUAAUAUCCCACAAAACACAAUUUUAUUGGUGAAUGCUUGGGACAUUCACAGAGAUCCAAAUUUGUGGACAGAUCCUACUUGUUUUAAGCCAGAGAGAUUUGAGAAAGAAGGUGAGACAAAUAAACUACUUUCAUUUGGAAUAGGAAGAAGGGCCUGUCCGGGAACAAAUUUGGCCCAACGCACGGUAAGCUUGAGUUUGGGCUUAUUGAUUCAGUGUUUUGAAUGGAAAGGUAUAGGUACAGAGAAAAUUGACAUGGCUGAAGGAAAAGGAAUCACUGUGGGAAAGAAGAUUUCCUUAAGAGUUAAGUGCAAAUUGCGUCAUCCACUGAAGAAUAAAUAUGUUUUCUAA